AUGGGAGAGCUUUGCGUCAGCUCCGUUCUGGUGACUGGGGCCAACCGGGGAAUCGGCCUGGGGCUUGUCCGGCAGGUCCUGGGGAUGCCAAACCCACCCGAGUGGGUCUUUGCGGCUUGUCGGGACCCCAAGGGAGAGCGAGCGCAGGAGUUACAGAAUUUGGCCUCCAGACACCCCAACCUGGUCAUCAUCCCGCUCGAAGUCACAGACCCCGCCUGCAUCAAGACGGCUGCAGCCCGAGUCAGGGAGCAGCUGGGGGGCUCGGGGCUGAACCUCCUCAUCAACAACGCUGGGCUGCUGAUAUACAACACACUUGAUAAUGAGACGCUGGAGAACUUGACCCAGAUUUAGACCACCAACAUAGUUGCACCCCUGCUGCUAAGCCAGGCUGCUCUGAACAUGCUGACCAAGUGCCAGUCCCUGGGGUACCGGGAGCACGGCGUCCUCUGCGCUGCUCUCCACCCUGGCUGGGUGCAAACCGACAUGGGGGGCUUCGGAUCACAAAAGCCCCCUGUGAUGGUGGAUGAGAGCGUACGAGGGAUGCUGAAGGUGCUCUCCUCCCUCUCUGAGAAGGCGACCAGGACCUUCCUGGACUGGGAAGGGGAGGUUGUGCCCUGGUGA